GCCUGGCUUCACACUGGCGCCAUCUCGUGUUGAGAUGCACAGAGCGUCUCGUUGCGAAUAAAUUACAUUUAAUGUGCAAAUGGCAAAUAUAUCGCCUAUAUUAUCUCCAAAAGAAAUCAAACGUUGUACAUUAGUUUUGCAGAAAGUCUCAUGAAUGUCAGAUUGCCUUUUUAUUUUUAAAUUUGUUCAAAAACAUAAUGCCAGGGUUCUUGAAACACAAGUAAUGCACUUUUUAACAAUGUUUUUUUUUUAUUGCUGACAUUGCUAUUACAGUCAUCUGCUGUAAUGUAAAAAUUAACUUCUAACGUUCAAGACCUGUCUGACCUCACCGCGAAGCCGCGCCCACAAUUUGCAGCCGUCCUCCAAUUAGAACGCGCCUUCUUUUUCAUUUCAUCCAAUCGGAACUCCGUUUGCUGCACAGACGUUCAGUGCAUGGAUCUCUGAUUGGUCGAGCGGCGUUCUGGUGUGACGCUAGGCUUUACGCCGACGUUGGGGGCGGAGAAGGAGGGGCGACUCUAAUGGCGCAUCGCAGUCCGACUGAUCCAGCGCUCCACAAAUAAACAACAGCAGUACUUCACGAUCUGGCCUAAUUUGUGCUUUUGCCAGUUUCACCGCGCUGCAGCCGCGUUUUGCGCUUUUGCUCAUUGAGCAAAUCGUCUGGGCUUCCUUUUAGCGGUUGCUCGGAGCACAGAGGCCCAGAGGAAAGACGGCGGCUCGAGAAUAUGUAACAAACUUCAACAUGACAUCCAGAUUUAGUAAAACAUAUACACGGAAGGGUGGAGAGGCCAGCUCGAAGUUUGACGAGGUGUUUUCAAAUAAGAAAGCUACGCUUAGCACCAAAUGGGGAGAGACCACCUAUAAAGCACAGUUGGGGGUUAAACGGCCCUCGUUCAGGCCAGAGGUUCCUGAGUUGACUAAACGACCCCGCUUUGAUGACGACGACAGCUCAGAGGACCCGUUUGGCUUCGAUAGCGACGAUGAAUCAAAAACUGUCACAUCAAGAGAUACUCCACAAUCUGAGACGGGCUCCGAGGCAGCGGGAUCCAGAAACGAGCAGUUGAAGACACAGGCGGAAAAGCCCAGUAAGGGUCCAGCCGUGACCGCUCUGGGUACCUCCACCUUGGGAAGCAGCCAGAACAUCAGCACCAGGGUGGUUGGUAUGAACAGCCCAGCUAUGAUGACUUCAGCCUCACCUCAUGUUCCUGGCACUGUAGGAGCCUGGAGCAGAUCCAGUGUCACAGUAAGCAAACCGGUCUCCCAGAUCUCCAGCUUAAAAACCCACAGUAGAAACAUCUCUGUUGACUGGGACCCUUUCGGGGAGGACUCUCCUCCAGGGGCCGGCGAGGGGAGUUCUACCCAGGCUGGGAACUCUUCUGAUGGGUUCAAAGGCUCAGAACAGUGCCCUGCUGAACCUGAACCUCCAGUGGAACCUGUUGACUUUGAGCAGCUUCCGCUUCUUAAACCAUCCAACGAUAGAGUGUACCGAAGGCCACGGAAUAAAGGGAUGGAUAGUUCAGGAUUUGGCGACGUACCAUUUCCCGCUGUGAGUUCAACACCAGCCUCUGCGUUGGUGAAGAGCACCACUGCAGGGGUCGCUGGGAGUUCUGAAGUCAAGCCUGCAGGUCGUGGCCGAGUGAGGGAUUACACAGUUCUUCAUCCAUCCUGCGUGUCCGUGUGUAAUGUGACCAUCCAGGACUCAAUGGAAAGGAGCGUGGAUGAAUAUGUCAGUCCAGUGCAAGCUGACAUCGGAGAGGCGGGAACCUUCAGGAGGAAAACAGACACACAACCUGCCAAGCCUGCUAGGUUCAGAACCACUCAGAGCAAAACUAAAAAGGAGACGAAACUGGAGUUUUUUGGCUUUGAGGAGAAUGAGGCUCAGGACGCAGAUGGAGACGCCACUGCAUCCGGCAGCACCAGCUACAAGAUCAAAUACUUCGGUUUUGACGAUCUGAGUGAGAGCGAUAGUGAAGAUGAGGACAGCUCAGCCGUUAAGGAAAGGAAGAAGAAUAAGAAAGCGGCAACGGAAGCUUUGUCAACCAGCGCGGGCAGCCCCCAGAUCAACGACUCGCAGGAGAGUCAACAGAGUCAAAGCAGCCUAAGUACAGAUUCUCAGGAGUCUCUGGAUGAGACAGGAGCUACAGGCUCACAGAAGGAACGGCAUGGAAAGCAAACCGACAAGUCAAAGGAGAUUGGACGCAAGAUCUUCAGCGGGCCCAAAAAAUCUCCUGCUAAAGCCGUAUAUAAUGCUCGUCACUGGAAUCAACCUGAGCCAGAGGAAGUGCCUGCUCCUGCUUCCUCUCAUACUGUGCCUGCACCUAAGGCAAGCGUGUCCAGCAGCAGCAAAGAGACAAACUCCCAUAAAGAUGAUGGAGUGUUUAAAGCCCCGCCACCUCCUCCUAAAGUCAUUAAGUCUGUUACUAUCCCCACUGAGCCAUACCAGGACAUCGUCACUGCAUUAAAAUGCAGGAAGGAGCACAAGGAGUUGUACACCGUGGUCCAACAUGUGAAGCACUUUAAUGAUGUAGUGGAGUUUGGGGAAAAUCAGGAGUUCACUGAUGACUUUGAGUAUCUGGAGACGGGCUUGAAGAGCACACAACCCCUCAACACACGCUGCCUUAGUAUAAUCAGUUUGGCCACACGCUGUGCCAUGCCAGGUUUCCGCAUGCACUUGAGGGCCAGAGGGAAGGUGGCCCAGGUCUUUAAGAUGCUCAGUGAUGCCCAGCAGCACCCGAACCUGGCUCUUUGUACAGCGUCUCUGAUGUACAUACUGAGCCGAGACCGGCUAAAUAUGGAUCUGGACCGGUCCUGUCUGGAGCUGAUGAUCAGACUGCUAGAACUGGAGCAGGAUGACUCUGUGGCAGACCAGUUAACAGCUAAAGAGAUGAGCCGGGUUAAAGAAAAGAUCCGCAAACUCUGCGAAACAGUCCACAACAAACAUCUGGACCUCGAAAACAUCACAACGGGUCACUUAGCCAUGGAGACGUUACUGUCUCUGACGUCAAAGCGAGCCGGAGAUUGGUUUAAGGAGGAACUGCGCUUGCUUGGGGGACUGGACCACAUCGUAGAUAAAGUGAAAGAGUGUGUGGAGAACUUGAGUAAAGAAGAAGAUAAAGACAGUCUGGUGGCGUCACUCUGGGGAGCGGAGCGCUGUUUACGAGUUCUGGAGAGUGUAACAGUCCAUAACCCUGAAAACCAGGCUUAUCUGAUUGCCUACAAGGAGUCCCAGCUCAUAGUGUCCUCAGCAAGGGCCCUGCAGCAUUGUGAGCAGAUGAUACAGCGUUACAGCCGAGAGGUCUCUUCAUCAAGCUCCGCCCUCCCGCAGAGUAGUCAUAGCAACGUGGGCAAGGCCGUGGAGGAUUGCAUGAGAGCCGUUAUCGGAGUUCUGCUCAACCUCACACACGAUAACGAGUGGGGCAGCACUAAAACAGGUGAGCAGGAUGGCCUCAUACAGACUGCGCUGGACUGCGUUCUGAAGGUCCCACGGUAUUUGCCUCAGGAGCAGAGAUUCGACAUCCGCGUCCUGGGUCUGGGUCUGCUGAUAAAUCUGGUGGAGUACAGUGCCAGAAACAGACACUAUCUGGUGGAGAUGGAGCUGGACUUGAGCUACCUGAUGGUGACUGAGGUAGACGUGAAGUCAGAAGGAGAGGAGGAGAGAAAGAUGGACAAACAGAACGAGGAUGAAACAGAGGGCCAAAAGGGACCCACAGCAGCAAAGUCGUCAAAUGCGCUGGCUGCUCUGGUUCAGCUCUUCCUUGAACGGGAACGAGCCGCUGUGUUAGCCGAGGCACAGACUGAUGACCUCAUAAGUGAGGCGCCCAAAUCUCAGGCGGACCAGAGUGGAGAGUGGAAGGAAACAUCUGGAGAGAUCCAGUGGGUCGCCUCAGAAACCAAUGAGACCAACGACACAAAUGACAAGAAAGAGGAGGAGGAAGAGGAGCUCGACCUCAAUAAGGCUCUGCAGCAUGCUGGGAAGCACAUGGAGGACAGCAUUGUGGCGUCAUACUCCGCUCUCCUGCUUGGGUGUUUAUGUCAGGAGAGCCCGAUGAAUGUGAACACCGUACGGGAGAACCUUCCCAAGGGAGAUUUCUCUAUCAUGAGUGAAAUGCUAAAGAAAUUCCUUAAUUUCAUGAACCUGACGUGUUCUGUUGGAACCACAGGACAGAAAUCUAUCUCACGGGUGAUUGAUUAUUUGGAGCACUGUUAGCAGAGGUGUCGCAGUUCCCCCUCUUCCGUGGGAUAAAUCUGGACCUGGCAACGUGCCUUAGGCCCUUCAGGACAAGAGGCAGCAGAUUACGGCGGUAAAGGUGGUUAAGCGUUGCUACGGUCACGUCACCCGAGUUGCUCGCUGCGAGACUUUCGUGUUUCGUUUGGUUUUCCCGUUUCUCACUUUCUUUUUGUUUGUUUUUACAUUGUGUUUUCAAAUGCUGUCUCUUUCUUUCAUGCUCACACAUGUACACACACACACACACACUCGGCUUGCAUAAUGUUUGGCUCUCGAAGCACUGAUCCUCAUGUAAAACAAACUAAAGCUGUUUUGAAACAAAGGAAUGAUUUUAAGCUGGUCGUCCGUGUUUGUAGUGUAAAGCUUUACACUAAACCUAGUAAGUUAUUGAUAUUUCAAACACCGAAGGGCUGAGGCUUUGUUCAGACUUCACGCGAACCCGCUUUUCAAAUUUCGACGUUUUAGGACCGACUGUUUACACGUGAUGCUUGUUCAAACGGCGCAGUCAGUGUCUGCCGUAUCUGCAUCAGUAAAGAUGAUCCCAAGAGAAUUUUGAGACUUGUAGAAACUGGAAACUUUUACUUCUGCAUUUUACGCAUUCGGGAGUUUAUCCUUUAUGGUUUUGAUUUUAAUGCAUAUGCUCACCAAUUCUGAAUUCAUUUGGUCAGAAACACAGUAAAAACUGUAAUAUUAGGAGUUAUUAUUACGAUUCAAAAUAAGUGUGUUCUGUGUGAAUGCAUAAUGUAAUUGUAAAGCUGAAUUGUCACCAAUCAAAUAUCGCACCCACACUUUUGAACGGCAGUAUAAAUUACAAAACUUUUUGAGCAGAAAAAAAAACCUGUUGCUGUUAGUCUGAAGAAAGCUUAAGAUGCCUAAUGAACCAAAGACAAAUACCUUGUUCUAAAAACAAACUAGCGUUCAUCAAAUUAAGGUGAAUUUACCUGAUUUUUAAGAAUCACGGGAAUCAUGUAGUUCUUAAAGUGUGCUUUUUAAUUCUGAGAUGUUUUUUGAUCAUUCAUUGUUUGUUUUUUUUCACAUAUACUGAAACCAAGCUAUUAUGUUUGAUUUCUUUUAAAAAAAAACUACACACUAAGCAAAAGUUUUGAUGAUUUGUAUCUGGAUACCUAGGAAAGAAUUUAAUUUUUUUUAUGCUUUCUGGCUUAUUUUCAUUGCUUCUUUGAUCAUCCACUGGCUUCUCUAGUUUUAAUUCUUCUUUGUGUGAAGAAUCACCAUGUCACCUUUUUUUUUGAUUAAACAAAAAUAAUAAUAAACACAAAAUUAAGUUUUUGUUUAAUUUUUUAUGUUUCUUUAUUUAGUUUUGUAGACCGUGCUGUGAGCUCCAUUUUAAUGUUAAAAAUAGACAGCACUUGAAAAUAGUUUGGAAGUGUUUUAGCGGGUUCAUGAAUGACUUCAUCAAAAUGCUCAUCCUCUGUUAAUUUAAUUAUACUCUUAAUAUAAUGAAACAGCUGAAAUGUAUUGUUUUAUAAAUUUAUGAAUUGUUUUAUUUACUUUUUUGAAGUGGUUCAGGAAAAUGUUUUUCAUCCCGUUUAUGUCUGCAGAAUGGCUGGAAGCUGCUGAAAAUUCUUAGAAAAAAAAACAAAAACAAAA